GCGGUGUCGAUUGGAAUCAAAUCGUCAAUAAGGGAGGGGGAGGAGGAAGUGUCCCUGAAGGAAAAUUACGUGUCAAAUUUCUUUUGAAAAUGUCGGACAACGAAUCAAAGGCUACUGCCUUAAUGGCAGAAGCCGAAAAGAAGUUGAAUUCUUCCAAAGGUUUCCUCGGGAACCUUUUCGGUGGCUCCUCCAAAGUGGAAGAUGCUGUUGACUGUUAUCAGCGGGCUGCCAAUCUUUUCAAGAUGGCUAAAAAUUGGAGUGCGGCAGGAAAUGCCUUUUGCCAAGCAGCCAAUCUUCACCAAAAAGCUGGCAGUCGACAUGACGCAGCAACAAAUUAUGUUGAUGCAUCCAACUGCUUCAGAAAGUCUGAUCCUAAUGAGGCUGCCACCUGUUUGAUGAAGGCCAUCGAAAUCUACACUGACAUGGGACGCUUCACGAUGGCUGCCAGGCACCAUCAGUCAAUUGCAGAGAUUUAUGAGCUAGAAGCAAUUGAUCUUGAAAAAGCUGUUAAACACUAUGAGCAGGCAGCAGACUUCUUUCAAGGUGAAGAAAGCAGUUCAUCUGCCAAUAAGUGUGUUUUGAAGGUGGCCCAGUAUGCUGCUCAGCUGGAACAUUACGAUAAAGCAAUUCAGAUUUAUGAACAGGUUGCCUCAUCAUCAUUGAACAAGUCUCUUUUGAAGUACGGGGUCAAAGAGUACUUCUUCAAGGCAGCUCUUUGCCACUUGUGUGUUGAUCUUCUCAAUGCUCAACAUGCAUUGGAACGAUAUGUCCAGCUUUACCCUGCCUUCCAGGACUCGCGAGAGUAUAAGUUUGUCCAGACAUUGAUUGAACAUGUUGAAGAACAGAAUCCUGACGGUUUCACUGAUGCAGUAAGGGAUUAUGACUCGAUAUCACGCCUAGAUCAGUGGUACACAUCAAUUUUGCUACGUAUUAAGAAACAGGUCAAUGACAACCCAGACCUCCGCUGAAAAAUUAAUUUUGUCUAUAUUGGGAAUGUGUGCGUCUCUCGCCUUAAUUUUUUUGUUAAGUUUGGUUAAGUUCAGUUAACUAAUUACGUUUGUGUGCUGCUUUCAUAUUUUGUAAAUGUAUUUUAUUUCUUUUAAAAUUGUAGUCUAACUUCUGUAGAUUUUUUUUCUUUUUCUUUCUUUUUGUAAAGAAUUUUCUUAAAUUCCUGUAUGCAUUCAGAUCUCAUCAAGAAUUUAACAUCUUGGUUUUAUGAGUGUACAUUCCACUCAUAACAUUUAGGUUUAGGUAUUUUUAUUUCUAGCUUAAAAACAAUUUUUCAUGAUUCUUUAAAAUCAUAGCCUGGUCUGGAGUCGAUAGGAUGGGUUCUAAGGCCUACACAUCCCUUCAUUCUUGUUCCAUUUUCAAGUCACAACUUGCAUAACUGCAUCAAAUACUAAUAUGACUCCUGUAUUGAUUUUAUUUUCUGUUUUACAUAGCUUUGACUGGAAAGAAUGUCUGUUUUGGAAAAUUUAAAAGUGAUACUAUCCAUAAUACGUAGUCAGAUGUGUUUGUUUCCUCAAGUCAAAGACUAGAUGCUCAUAUAAACUCUAUUUCAUCCUACACAAAUUCUAAAUGAUAUAAUAAUUUGCUGAAUGGAUUUUAUUUGUCUACUUACUUUAUGCUAUUACGCUGCUUAAAAAUUUUGUGAUGAUAGUAAUUUAAUUGUAUGUAUUGUUUUGAGUUUUUUGCAUGAGAGACAAUCCACAUGUCGAUGACUCAGUAGAGAAAGUCUUUCUCUUCUCUUUUUUCCUGGUCUAAAUGUGUGGAGUGUGGUGGUAAUUCCAAAGGUUAAUGUUCAGGGCUUUUCUUACCUGGAUGGCACAUUGCAUUGCGUGGUGUGACCUGAUGCACUCAGAACCUAGACUAGGGCCAUAUCUAUUAGCAUUUGAGGUCAUUAAUCUGUCCAUUUGCAGCAUAUAGCACUAUGGGAAGAAACACCCUGUAUGUUGAGGACAGACCAUGUUGAGGACUUGCGUCUGUUGGCUAUCAUUUAAGCCUUAAAUUUAGACUCUUUAUCUUUGUAUCCUUGCUUAAUAUUCCACUCACCAUUUGUUUCCCCUAUGAAUGUUACAGUUUAUAUACAACAUCUAAGUUUUUACAUUUUUUAUUGUAGCAGUAUAAUAAUGUUAUGCAUAGUUGGUCCUGGCAUGCAACAGUAUCAUACAUGCCAGGCAAUCUGGAGUCAACAGUGCUAUGGGAAUUUCUUUCUGUUUGUGAUAAUGUUUUGUAAGUUGUAAGUGGAGUAGAUGUGAUGAGUGCAGUGUUCCUUCUUCACUAAAUAUUUCACUAUUAGAUGCUUAGUGUGCAGUUUAAUCAUCAUGGGAGGAUUCAAGUCAACAAUAAAUGUGAUGUGCUCAAAGGGAUAUGCACUUUAGUGCAAAAUUCAUACUGCCUCACAUUUUUAUAGGGAUUAAUGAGCCACAUAAUUCUGUAGAAUUUUGACAUAUAUUACAUAAAUCAUGAUUGUUUGGAGGAUGUGCUAACAUAAGUUCAGGGAGUCCAUGUAGCAGUGAUCUUUUAGUGUCUGUGACCUUUCAAUGAUCACUGGCUUUGUAUUUAUUUUCUUUGUGAUUACAAAUGAUUUGCUUUGCCUUUCUGGAAAGGGCUCAGUUUUACCUCCAAUUAAACUGGGAAGUCAUCGUACUAUCCAGCAUGUAAAUAAAUACUGUUGAUUUUUUUCAAA